GAAAACUAGACAUUUCUAACUCGUUUUGGAACUACCAAUAGGCCUAUUUUAGACAUAGGCCAAGUCUACAUUAGGUCACCAAGAUGCAUGCAUAGAAGAUUCAUUCGUUUAGGGAUUUGUUUGCUCCUCUUAAUUUUUUGGGGGGCCAUCGUUUUAGAGACCCAGACCCAAAACAUUUCGAUGAUGACCUUUGCCAUGCUGCGGCCAAUUGCGACUCAUCUGAUCAGCUACCCGGACCUGAGUAUGAUGUCCGAGGACGAGGAGAACCGCAGCGAGAGCGAUGGUAGCUCGGAUCAGAGCUAUGGAUGCUGCGCAGCCGCGGACAAACGGCGGAGGAUUUCUCUAAAGUCGGGAGGCAGCAGUGUUGUCAUUGUGAAACAGCGGAACGCAGCCAAUGCCAGGGAGCGCGACCGAACCCAAAGUGUCAACACUGCAUUUACUGCACUUCGGACUCUAAUACCCACUGAGCCAGUGGACAGAAAGCUCUCCAAGAUUGAGACGCUUCGCCUAGCAUCAAGCUACAUCUCCCACCUCGCCAACACCCUGCUGCUCCGUGACGGGAAUGGAGAUGGACAACCUUGUCUUGGCGCGGUUUACGCGCAAGGAGAGAGCAGAGGAAAGCAGCCUCGCACCAUCUGCACCUUCUGUUUGAGCAACCAAAGAAAAUGGAUAAAGGAUAGCAAAGACUGUCUGAAGAUGCGAGGCGUUGAUUCUCUGAGGGUGAACCGCAGAUAGAAGGCCGUGAAACACAACAGCAAGAACCAGAACCAGAACUCCUUAUCCACAAACUCAGGGAACACUAAAAGCAGGCCAUAACAGAACCAUUCUCAUCAUGCUGGAGAACAUUAUAUAACAAGAGACUAUUUAUGCUUGAGAGAAUGGCGUGAGAGGCACGGAACAAACCAAUGUCCAAUGUGAAUGAAGCCUUUAACAAAUGCAGUGCAUUUAUAGAUAGAGAAAUUAUAGAUGUGUAUAUUUGUGUUAUAUUUGUGUUGUACAUGUAUUACAUUUUGAAAUAAAAUAAUAGUUUUA